UCCACGUUCAUCUGUCGAUUGAUUAAUUUUGCUUCCACCGGCUGCAGGGGUGAACGAGAUGAGGUGGUGAGCUAUUGGUACAGAACUAAACAUUUAUCAAAUUCUAGUCAAACACCUCUAACCAGAUUUUUUAGUAAAAUGACGACGACAACCACGUUUCAAGGGAUGGAUCCUGGCUCUAAAAGCAGUUCCAGAGUCUUGCGUCCUCCAGGUGGAGCUUCUAACAUCUCUUUUGGCGCAGAGGAGAAGCCCCCUGCUCGAAAAGACAAGAUGGCUUCCAGCAUCUUUGAUGAACCAGAAGACCCCCAUGCUCACCGAAGGAACAACCCACCUGGUGGGAAGCCUACCGGAGUGCUCUGCGGGGAACCCUCGGCCCCCCUGAGGAGAGGUGGAGGCCAACCCUCCAACAGCAGCUCUGGAGAGGCACCUGCUGGGGACGAUGACAAUGACGUCGGCAGUGCUGACGUCUGCGUGGAGGCGGAGCCGGCUCCAGAGCAGAGGGACGAAGCGCCCCCGUCCUCAGGGGCACAGCCCGGGGCAGCAGGGCUCCCCUCGGGUCGCAGGAACCCCCCCGGGGGCAAGUCGAGCCUCAUCCUGGGCUGAACCCUCAGCCACCAGCCACCCCCACCCACCCAUCCACCCCCCCUGAACUCCUCUGCCAUACGGUUUCUCUACCACCCCUGCCCCUCAAGUGAAGAGCUCCUUCGACUUCCAUCUCCGGGUCGUGGGAUUCUGUCAGAUUGUCCACAUUCCUUCCCUUUGUCAAGUCCAUUCUUUUUCUAGUCCCUUUUUUAAUUUUUCUAAAGUUUUUUGACAGAAGCACUUUAUGUAUCCGAUUCAAGCCAGACCCUGCGGUGUGUCGGGCCUGUUGGAGAAGGCAUGAGGUUUACGUUUUGUCUCACAUCACCCACCCCUUUCCGGUCCGGUGUAACGGCACAAGCUCUCGGAACGUUCCGGUGUCUAACCAUGAUAAAUAAAAGAUGGAUAUGAUGUAAGCUGUCGCUUUCGCACAGUAUUCAUUGUCAGCCGAUCUGCAUGCACGUCUGGUGGGAUGUGAAAGGACUCGCUUUGAUUUGAUUUAUGGUUAUGCUGGACUAAAUAUUCGCAUUGUGUUCAUUGGUGGGUACAUGGAGUACAUGAUGUGGUGUUGCAUGAUGUCCGUACAUAUCUAUGAAACAGUAUUUUGUCCACAGGAGGAGCUAAAUUGUUGAAACAAAUCACACUGUCAACAAGUGGCCUAUUGUCAUGAAAUUGCAUUUUAUUUAAUUUUGUAUUGUAUGUAGCAGUCCCUACAUAUUCGUGUUGUAUUUGAGUUCUGGGUGUGUGUGUAAAAGUAAAGUGUUAAAAAAAAAAAAAAAAAAA